UCACUCAUUAACCCGUGUGUAAGCCAAAAGAUGACCACUCAAAUCACACCUGCUUGGCUUUGCAUCAUUUAGGAUCUUCUGAGAGACGCUUUUGAGAAGGAGGCAGGGAGACGCAACACACCUUAAAAUUUCAACCAAGGAGGAUCUACACAAACACUUCAAAUCAUUGAGACUCCACCUACAAGCAGAGUCUGUAACACAGAAACAUUCACAUACGCACUUGUCCAGUGAUGAUGAUGUGCUUUCGCCUGCGCCCCUCGCUCCCUCACCUCUUGUCACGGAGGCUGCUGGGUACUGCGGCCUCCAGGACGGUGGUAGAGAAGCAGCCUGAAGUUCUCUCAGCAACUCUGGCCUUUGAGGAUCCCAGUGCCUUCAGAGUGAAGAGUUGGGGUGAGCUGCUCCGUGCGCUGGGCAUCUUUCGCCUCUGCUCCUUCCCUGUGCUCGUCAACAACAGUGGGAAGCUGAUGUCAAUAACGCGCAAACUUCUGGGGAGGAGGGCGUUUUCCUUUCUGCUGCGGCCCACUGUGUACGCCCAGUUUGUGGCCGGAGAGAAUGAGAGCGAGAUCUCUCAGUCCAUGGAGAAGAUGAGCCUGCUGGGACUGAGGCCCAUGCUGGCAGUGCCAAUCGAGGAAGAUCUGGGAGAGAGCACAGGAGAGAAGAGAUAUGAUGACAACAUGGAGGCCAUGUUGGAAUGUGUGCGGAUUUCCCAUGGCAAUGCCUGGAGCAAAGACCCGAUGAUGCAGCUGAAGGUCACAGCCCUGCUCAGCCCAGAGCUGUGUGUGAAACUCACAACCCUCAUCGCACAACAACCAUAUGACCUAAAUCUCCUUGUCAGAGCCAUGGAUGGAGAGCAAAUAAAUUUCCCUGGUUUAAAUGAAAGCGAAGUUAACCAUUUCCUGUGUGGUCUGCAGAGACUCAACAAAAUAGCAGAGGCAAGUAUAAACAAAGUCCGAGUCCUGGUUGAUGCAGAGUACACCUACAUGAACCCCGCCCUCUCUCUGGUCACCAUGGCAAUGAUGAAGAAGUUUAACAAAGAUGGCGCCUGGAUUUGGAACACAUAUCAGUGUUACCUGAAGGAGUCAAGGUCUCUCCUGUUAGAAGCUCUGCAUCUGUCCAACAAAGAGGGCUUCUGUUUGGGGGUCAAGCUGGUACGAGGAGCCUACAUGGACAAAGAGAGGAAGCUGGCAGAGAAAGAGGGUCGUGUUGACCCCAUCCACAAGUGCUGGGAGGACACCAAUGACAGUUAUAACGGCUCGCUGAAUGUGAUGCUGGAGGAAAUAUCCAAGAAACCCGAACGCUUCAGGAUCAUAGUUGCCACUCACAACGAGGAGUCAGUGAGACGAGCUGCUGAACGGAUGAGAGAGUUGGGGAUAGACAACGAUGGAGGCUCAGUGUGUUUCGGCCAGCUGCUGGGCAUGUGUGAUCAUGUCUCCCUCACACUGGCUAAAGAAGGUUAUGCCGUAUACAAGUCAGUGCCCUACGGCUCAGUGGAUGACACACUCCCCUACCUGGUGCGUCGAGCUCAAGAGAACCGCACCGUGCUGCAGGGAAUCCGCAAAGAGAGGGACCUACUAAGGAAAGAGCUAUACAGGAGACUGAGUCUGAGGAGAGGUACCUAAUAAGCUACAAGCAGAAAGAGCAAACAGAAGAAUCAUUGGUGCUGAACCAGUGGGCACUCAGGAAAAGGAAGUCACAUAGGAACAAGAGCGAAAAGUUCAAAUCCAGUAACACUUACAUAUUUCUUGAGUCAUUAAGUUUGUAAUAUCCAAGGAUUUGAAAGCCAUAACUUACUGUAUGCUGAUGAAAAACAGAAGUGAAUGUUAUUAAGGAUCAAACUUGCAAUAGGUGAUGUAAUUUUGAUCUAAGUGAGUGUGUGGUAAACUGAACAACGAUUUCAUGACAGCUAAGAACAAUAAGUGCAACAUUAUAUGUUUUGUUAAGUUUGAUGGACAAGCUGCUGUACAUUAAAAACUGUUAAUACCUUCAUGUUUUAUAGAAAUAAACUGCUUAAAUUUAUGGAAUACUUAUUUUCAUUUUGCCUGCAAAACUAGUAAAACAACACUUAGUUGCCCAGACCUCUGAACAUCUGUCUCAGCCGAUACAAAUAUACAGAGAUUGGCGCUUACUUCUGUACAUGGAAUAAGAGUGUUAAACACAUUCCCAAAAGCAGCUGUUUACACCAAUAGCAUGUUAUCUCAAUAUUUCCGUUUAAACAGGGGGACCAGGCAGGGGCGCUCUCCCCUCUUUUGUUUGACCUGGCCAUUGAGGCCUUGGCAAUCGGGUGUGCUGAAAAGGUACGGGGCAUCACAAGGGAAGGGCGGGCACACAAAUUAACACUGUACGCGAAUGAUCUUCUAUUGUACUUGUCUGAUCCAGAUGUCUAUAUCACGGUAAAAUAUAAAUCCUGCUAAGAGUCUGAUCUUUCCUAUCAGUGAACUAGCAAAAUCAGUGUCAUUUGAGCUAUACAAAUACACAGAGAAACUCUUAAUGCUGUGAAUAUAUUGACAUGAGAAAAUCCUACCGGCAGUAUUUCUAAGGGUGUGCAAGGCCCUGUUUGUUUCAGUUUAAUCAAACUCAAGCUUGUUUGCCUAAGUGCGGUUCCUUUGGGCAGGUGCACACCAAAACAACCAGACCGAGACCUUCUUGAAGAGGUGGUCUCGAUCCGGUUACAGUCAAACUCUGGUGCGGUUUGUUUGUGGUGAGAAUGUGUUCCGACCUCGAUCCACAUUGUUUGGGUUAAACAUGAGCAUGUUACAGUCCUGGAGGAUUAUUAAUGUGCACCUCCUCCUGUACUGCCUUAAUAUGCACAUUCGGCACAUCCAAUGCAUCAAAACAUUGUUUUCUAGUUGGAGCCGCACCUCGUUUUCAAACUGUAUGGUUUGACUAAAAUGAACAAUGACAGCAAUAUAGUCCACGAUGACCAGCUCUAAAAUCUGUGUAGCUGUCCCUCCAUUGUGACAUUAGAAAGUGUCACAUUUUUUUUUUACUUCCUGGAUUUUUCCCACAUGGAAAUUCUGACCAAUCAAGAGCAGCUUUCUCACGCAGGGCAUUUGAUCUGGUUCGCUUGUAAAUGCUGCCGUGAGAACACGAACCAACUCUAGGCAAUUUUAAAACUUAGCAACAAAAUUAGUCCCUGAUUCAGACCAAAGCAGGACAACUCUAGGUCUAAAAGCACCCUAAAUUUAGAUGGCAGCCAUUGUCUUAAAAUCAGGGAGAAAGCUCUUCUGUGUAGCAGAAAGGCAUUCAAUCAGUUAUCUAUGCAAUAACAAACACACCAAAUGAUCAAAACUGUUCUUGAUGACUAAUUAGUAACAAGAACAUGACAGUGGAGGUGAUACAGUGACUGAGUCUAAUGCUUGCUGGUUACUCUUCGCCAGAGUCUCACGGAUGUUUGGCUGACCUAUUUACGUUUUACCUUAUGGGGGUGGGAUGAGUGACACUCUCGCACAUUUGUACAGAAAGAAGAACUUGUUCAAACAAGAGGAAAAUUCCAUGGCAUUUGGAGUAUAAUAAUAAGCCUUUGAUAAUAUGUGGCUCACACCAGUGCCUUUUGGCUUAAAACCUGCAACAGGGUGUUGGCAUGUGUAGGUUUAGGUUUCCUCAUCCUCAACUCUCACACCAUAUUUAUGCUCUGCAAUUAAUACAUUUUGGUCAUAACACAAAGACACACUCCAGUUUUUUCCUUUCGAAAUUGCCUAAAAAUCUGGGGCAGUAUUCCCAAAGCUUCCUGUUACAAAGAGUUGCUCCUUGUGAUGAAAUAGUGACAUUUUCUUCUAAUCUCUCCUUAAAGUUAAGACUAGAUCCUAAAUCACUCCUACGGUAGGAUUCCUUACUAAAAAAAAAAUUAAGCUAGAAUAGGAGCUCUGAGAGUAUUCUCAGAAUGUUUGUGAAUACAGCCUCAGUUCCUUAAGUUUGUAGCUUCAUUAAAGUUCUGAGAAAUAUUUCUCUGACGCUGAAAAUCAGGGGCCAGAUUCACAAACAUUCCGAGAACACUCAGAGCUUCAAACUUAGCCCAAAUUUCUCAGAGCAACUCUGAGCAAGGAAGGGACAGAAACCUUGACCUUAGUGAGGAGGUGUGGAUGAUAAUACAUUGAACAGAUGUGAUUGGUUGUCACCUACAAGCCCCUUUGUGAACCUGCCAGGUGUGGACACCCAGUGGAAAUUAAAUGAACUGCAAAAUGUGAAAGUGUUGUCAUUGUCUGUUUGAUCACUCUGCUGAUGGAAGGUUUCGACAGACUGAAGUCAUCACUGCUGCACUGUUUUUAUAGCGUUGGGUGGGAAAUGUGUGCAUACUCCUAAUAACAUCAACCACACAUACUAUUCCUGCAGGAUCGAAUCUGUAGCAUUUUAUUUACCAACUGUCAUCCAGUGUAUUGAGAAUAUUUCUCUAACCUCUUUGUGUUUUCAUUUUCUCCUCUGAUUAAUAAAUUCU